CGUAUCAGUGUCGUUGUAGUUGUGACAUGAUGUUUAACCUCCACGCAAUUAGCGUGUGGACGUGGUUGGUCUACAGCGUGCUGUGUCAGAAGGACGGUGACGUCAGACUGACAGGUGGUCACAGCCCAUGGACUGGUAAACUGGAAAUAUACCACGCUCACAGAUGGGGAGAUGUUUGUGACGACGACUUCGGUGUCGAGGAAGCGACUAUCGUGUGUCGCCAGCUCGGUUUCCUGACAAACGAACCAAAGUUCCACUGCUGUCGGCCUGGUAACGAGAAAAUAUGGCUUGACGACCUGGCGUGUGUGGGGACGGAGAGCUCGCUAGCGUUGUGUAGCAACCCGGGCUGGGGCGUGGAGAACUGUGGAGACAGCGAGUCCGUGUCAGUGACGUGUUUAGUUGAUCCCUGCAUCAACGUGACGUGUCAAAAUGGCGGUUCAUGUGUUGUGACUGGCGAACAUUUUCGGUGUGCCUGUACCAGCGGGUACACCGGUACUUUAUGUGAAAAUGACGCGGACGAGUGCGCCACAUUGAAUGGAGGAUGCAGUCACAUCUGUACGAAUUUGAUUGGCUCAUACGCCUGUUCGUGUCCCGAUGCCGAACUCACACUAAGUAGUGAUAACUUUACCUGUUAUGCACCUGGUGUAGAUGUUCACUGCGAAAACAACAACAUACAUGUGGAAUUUCACAAGAAGAGCUUCCCUGGGCUUCACGCAACAUACAUCACACUGAAGGAAGCGCCGUGUAUCGCCCGCGACAACGGCACACACAUCAUCGUUGAUGUUCCUCUUAAGGGAUGUGGAACCGAAGUUCAGGAAAUGGGGAAAAGUUUUUGGUACCAGAACGUAAUAUCAGGCCGGCAAAUGGUCCUCAAUGGAUUAGUGACCCGCGUUCGAGACCUCAAUGUCACUGUUCGGUGUCACUAUGGCAACACUAUCCUUGCGGAGAAUUUCUACCUCGUCAACACCGGAGAGUUGCAUUUCACAGACCACGGCCAGGGUACAUACCAAGUUAGCAUGGAUCUGAUCCACGAUGGGAAAACGUACCAAUCAUCGGGCUCCAUCCCUCUGAAGGUGGCGCCGGGAGAGAAGCUGUCAGUCAAGCUGUCACUCAACAGCAACGACUCUCAUCUACAGGUGUUUGCCAGAAACUGUAAAGCCACGCCCACUCUGCACGACGAAGGAACACAGUAUCUUAUUCUCGACAAUGGCUGUGCACACGACACAACGCUAACCAUCAACAACGUAACCAACACAACACAGGAGACGCUGUCUCUGGAGACGUUUAAAUUCCUGGGCAACGAGUCGAGGGUUUACCUUCACUGCGAGGUUCUCGUCUGCAACGCCUCGGACCCAACCUCCAGAUGCCGCCAAGGAUGCCUGGGUUCCGGACGACGCAAGCGAGACGAAUCUCAGUCUACUUAUUUGUCAAAAGACGACCUUUCUGCCGGACCAGUGGAGAUGGUAGAAGCUGCCAGUCACAAAUCACCUAGGACGGUGAAACCUACAAACUCGGAAGAGGACAAUGACAUUGGCAGAAGAAUCAUGAUAGCUGGUUUGGCUUUACUUGGUGUUGCCCUCAUCAUGGCAACACUUGCCAUAACCAUUAUUGCCAGAAAUAAAAAGGAAGAAGAUGGAGAAGCAGCAGCAGCAGAAAAAGAGGAAUUAAAUAAAGAAGAACUAACUAAAUAAAUAUUUUGCAAAUAAA